GCUAGCUAUCUAAUCAAUAGAUAAGGAGGCAGGUGAUAAUUUAUUUAUCGACUAUCACAUGUACAAUAAACAAUUGGACAAAGAAGCGAAUAAGUGUGCACUAGUUUCACAUUAUUUAGUUAAUCCAUAAAUACUUGAAAAUGUCAUACGGCCCUCCAUACGGUGGUCCCGGAGGUCCUCCAUACGGUGGUCCUCCAUUCGGUGGACCUGGGGGCCCUCCAUAUGCUGGUUACCCCCCUCUUCCCGGGGUCGUCUAUCCUCCCACGAUGGUGAUGCCAAUGCCGGUAUACCCUCCGCCGCCACAUGGUUACCCUCCAACACAUAGCUACCCACCAGCGUACCCACACCCUCAGCCCCAGCCACCGCCGGACGAUCCAGUAAACGUCAUUGAAAACGAUCCGCCAAAGUCAUUCGGUGAUUCAGAUGUUGACUGGGUUCCUACGUCUUCGCAGGCAGCAGAGUCACUAUCCAGCCGUGUAUUCGUGACGGGUAGAGAAGGAUGGGAUAGCAGUCCCCUAUGGACUAUAAGAGCCCAUCACAAUGGGAAUUUGAUCCCUGGAAAGUUAGCGAUAAAGCAUAAAGUUGCUUAUAUCCCUUAUGCAGGAAAGGAAGUACGCGUACAUAACUUUGAGGUUUUAUGUACAAAUCCGAAUAAGGUUAGAUGGAUUCCAUCUAGCAAUGGUUCAGUCGCCCCAGGUGCUAUACCUGCUGGCAAUACAGAAAAUGCCGAGCCAUUGUACAUUGGACGAGUUAGGCACAGGGGAUCUCUAACUCCUGGAAAGGUUCACCCCAGUCACAACUGCUGUUAUAUAUCAUUUGAUGGAUCCGAAGUAUCAUACAAAAACUAUGAAGUUUUGUGUAGUGUAGGGCCACCUCAAGGCAUUGCCCGCGCUGUACCACUAUAAAUGAUAUUAUUACUUUCGGCCAGUUACGUGGUCAAAUGUUUCUUGGUGGGGGAAAUUUGGGGGAUGUACUUUAGUGUUGUCUUUUGUUAACAUAGCUUUUACACAUUGUAAGAAAACACCUCUUUACCGGAUUGAAGCUAUGUAUUAUUAUAAACUUAUAAUUAUUUUACAUAAUUUUAAAUUUUCCGACGUUUCGCGUGCUUUACAGCGUGCGUGGUCUUGGUGACUGAAGACAAAAGGUGUUGAAUGUCAAAAGUAUCACAGCUGUAGAGAAAGUGCGCAUGUACUUUAGCUAAGCCAACAACAUUAUUUACCACUACUGAGUGAACUUUAAACUAUACAGUGCAUUAAGAAUAGGAUUUUUUGUCUUCACAAUAUUGAAGUAAGUCUUCAAAGUCCGCUUUUUUAUCUGAGUUUGAUGUACAUUAAAAUAUAACCAUGAUAUAGAAGUAGGUGCUCUCUGCGUGGUUGGUUUGUGUAAAUAUUUUUAGCGCUUUUACCACUAUUUGAUAAGAAUGAGUCCUCCUGAUAACUUUUGUUGUUAUGAAGGCUUUUAUAAUAAAAUUUAUAUACAUUUUA